AUGUUUUUAAUAUCGGUGCUUCGUUAUGCACUCUUUCUUCUUGUGCCUCUCUCUUUGACUUUCACCUCUUAUCUUUAUUUGUACCCUGCAUUCCAUGGUUGCGCUUUUCCUUCUCCUGAAUACGAUGCUUCAGAAGCAUACGUCAAUACACUUCGUCAACAUACGCUUCCAAAUCUGUAUGAUCCCAGCAAGGUAGCACCGUUCAGGCUCCUCGCCUUGGGGGAUCCUCAACUCGAGGGUGAAUCAUCCAUACAAGAUGUCGAUUCUGUCAAUUUGCCCAAUUUGAAGAAAUUCUUUGGAGAUUCAGGAAUCGUCAGCGGCACAAAACAUAGCCUUCUACAGCGUGUGCGACAUAGCCUCCAUUAUAUAAUAGAUUUCUGGCUCGACGACCUUCCUAAGGCUUUUGAAGUCUAUCGCAAACGAUUUGAUCACAUUGGUAAUGAUUAUUAUUUGGGACAUAUCUACCGCGCAACACACUGGUGGUUGGACCCUACACAUGUUACUGUACUUGGAGAUCUUGUGGGGAGUCAAUGGAUAGAUGAUGAAGAAUUCGAUGAACGUGGGCGAAGGUAUUGGAAUCGGGUAUUCAAACAUGGAGAACGAAUUCCGGAUGAGAUUAUGUCGCCGCCCGCUUUCGACUUUCAGAAUACAAUGAUGCUGGGAGAUGAUGCUGCGGCAUGGAAGAAGAGGAUUAUAAACGUGGCAGGUAAUCAUGAUGUUGGGUAUGCUGGAGAUAUCUCGAAAGAUCGACUAGCUCGAUUUGAGCGCGUUUUUGGGAAAGCGAAUUACGAACUUCGAUUUCAGCUACCUUCUAACCAUAAUGCUUCUCCAAUUUCUACGACAAGCAUCCAGACAGAUGAGAGGGAUAUUCCCGAAAUUAGGAUUAUGAUCCUUAAUGACAUGAAUCUCGACACGCCCGUAUCGGACAAAGACCUCCAAGACGAGUCAUAUCAAUUCCUUAAUGACUUGAUAAGUACUUCUCACGCCGUUGAGCGAUCCGCACUUUUUACAUUACUCCUCACUCAUAUCCCAUUAUAUAAAGACGAAGGGAUCUGUGUAGACGGACCGUUCUUUGACUUCUUUGAUGGAGAAUUCGAGAAUGGAGUUAAGGAACAAAACCACCUCUCCCGCGAUGCCUCAAAAGGUAUGCUAGAAGGUGUAUUUGGCAUGAGCGGUAGUGCGCAUGUAGACGGGCAUGGCAUGGGGAGACAUGGUAUAAUUCUAACCGGCCACGAUCAUGAAGGUUGUGAUAUCUAUCACUACAUCAACCAAAGCUUACCUGAAGAGGACAGAGAGUGGAGGUGCGAUAGAUACCCAGAAGCCAAACAUCUAGUGAACCAAUCAGGCAUACCUGGACUGCGUGAAGUAACUGUACGGAGUAUGAUGGGGGAUUUUGCUGGAAAUGCGGGAUUGCUGAGCUUAUGGUUCGACAAAGAAAGUUGGGAGUGGCAAUUUGAAUUCGCGAAUUGUGGAUUGGGUACUCAGCAUAUUUGGUGGUUUGUGCAUAUUUUGGAUUUCAUCACGGUGAUUUUAAGCAUAGUUUAUGGUGUUUGGCUCGCGGCCUUUAAAGCUCGCUCAAUUCUGGGACUACGCGAGUAUGGGAAGAAAGGUGGGAAAAAGGAGAAGAAAGUAACCUUCGAGAUGACCCCAGACACUGGCGUUAAGCCAGAGAAUUCAAGGGGCGGAACUGACAGUGUUGAUAGAGAAGCUAAAGGGGAUUUCAACAGGAGUCGCGAAUGA